AUGACAUCGCACAAUGAACAAUUUUGGAGCGAGGACUCUGAUAUGCCACUGUCAGAAGUUAUAGCAAAUCGCCAUAGGAUUACACGCAUAGGUUCUGAUGAUUUUUCAACAGACAUCUCAAGCGACAUAAUACCUUUUCAUCGUCUUCCUGUGCGUCGCAAUAUAAUUUUAUCAAGUAGUGAAAGCGAAGAAGAUGAAUCGAUUAUUGUCAACAAUAAUACAAAUACUCCUUCCACGGACUGGCUUAAUCAUACUGGAAACCAACCACAGCUUACGCCCUUCGUAGAUGCACAUGGUUUUAAAUUAUUGAAUUGUAAUUAUGAAAAAGUAGAAGACAUUUAUUCCUUGUUACUGGAUGAUAGAAUCCUCGAAAUAAUAGUUGAAGAAACUAAUCGAUAUGCGGAAAAGAUAUUGUUUGAGAAAACGUCAUCACGGUUAGACAAAUGGAAACCGACAGAUAAAACCGAAAUAAAACGACUUUUUGGGCUCAUCAUGUGGAUGGGCAUAGUAAAACUUCCCGAAGUUCAUUUAUAUUGGUCCAAAGAUGCAGCUUAUGCUCAAAGUCUUCCUUCUUCGGUUCUUUCAAGGAAUCGUUUCGAGCUUUUAUUGCGAAUGUUACAUUUCUGUGAUAACGAAAAUGAAGAUCAGAACGACCGUUUGUACAAAAUUAGAGCCAUAAUUGACAUGCUAAAUGAAAAUUUUCAGAAGUACUACAAUCCAGGAGAAUUAGUUUGCGUGGAUGAGUCUUUCAUUCCCUUUCGAGGUCGCAUCGUCUUCAAGCAGUACAUAAAGCAAAAACGACACAAACACGGUAUAAAAAUAUUGAAAUUAUGUUCGGCGCCGGGAUACACGGUCAAUUUUCAAAUUUAUUGCGGGAAAAAAUCAGACACGGAGAAAACAACGCCCACAAAUGUAGUUUUAUCAUUGUGUAAGAACAUAUUUGGUAAGGGUCAUACACUGUGUACCGAUAAUUGGUACACAAGUAUCGACUUGGCUAGGCAACUAAUUGCAAGAGACACUCAUCUCAUUGGAACAAUGCGGUCGAAUCGCCGCGGCAUUCCAAAAGAUUUGGUCGCAAAAAAAUUAAUGCGUAACGAAUAUAUUGCAAAAGAAAGUUUGGAUGGAUUAACGGUACUAAAAUGGAAAGACAAACGUGACGUCCUUUUAUUAUCUACAAAGCACUCGGACGAAACUGUCGUUAUACGGAAAAUGGGGUAUGAUUGUGUCAAACCAAAAAUUGUGAUAGAUUACAAUGAAGGAAAAUCUUACGUAGAUGUUUCCGAUCAAAUGUCGUCAUACUGCAAUCCUUUACGUAAAUCAGUCAAAUGGUAUAAAAAACUUGUAUUUCAACUUUUUUUGAAUACUGCUGUCGUAAAUGCCUGGAUAAUGCAUAAUAGUCUCACCAACAAUAAAAUAUCAAGCCUUGAAUUUAGAAAACAAUUAGCUAUGCAUAUGAUGUCCUGCAAAGAUAAUAAUUCUUUGCCCACUGUUCAGCGCAGCAAAAAUCAGUUUUCUGAUAAUGGUAACGCUGUUGUGUCGAUUCUGGCAAUUGUUUUGAUGCAAAUCACAUAA